AUGUCAGAAACAGCACCAGUAGCACCAGCAGCAGCACCACCGGCGUGUUCCUUAGGUUCAAUUACUGAGUGGUUAACCUUAAAUAACUCAUUCUAUACAAAUUUCGAGCAGUAUACAGUGCGUUCCAGAGGCGGGGAUAGUGGUGAUGUUGCACAAUUGAAGUCCCAAUUACCGAGUACCUGUUCGGGUUGUUCAAAAAUUAUUGAUGAUGUUGGAAAAAUCGACCACGCCUACGACUACGCGUGUCGGCAGAAUAGUCCGAAUGGACAAUCUAGUUCCAUAGGUGAUAGUGCUCCUUGCCGCUUGUUUUAUUAUUGGUUCGGACAUACAUACUGGUCUGAUUUGAAGAACCAUGCCUUGUCAAAAGUAGUGGAUAAAAUUUACCAAACGCUGGGAAAUUCAUUCAGUAGUGAAAGAAUGAAGUGCGAAUUUAAAUAUGAAGAUGACAUUGACCAAACCAUUUUUGGUCAUAUGAAAAUCAUAUUUGAAUAUUACAACGAUUAUAAGCAGUUACAGGGAAAACUAACUACGACUAGUUCCACCUGUGCAAAGGAAUGGUCCACCUAUUGGACCACCCUUUCCACAGCGUGUAAGGCCAUGGAAAAUAUAUGCACAGAAGAAGGGACUAGUGAUCAUAGCAGUAAGCAAUAUUGUACCGACUUUAAUAAUACCUAUGCUGUACAUUGUAAUACAGCUAAUCUCCAUCAAGAAAUGGAAGAACUAAUAACACAGACCCUCCCCGAAGCCGUUCGUUCCGCCACAACAACGUCUUCCCUUUCUUCCAUCUUUGGCACCUUAGCAACCAUAGGUGCCCCUUUCUUAUUAUAUAAGGUAAGUGUACAAUUACAUUUACCACAUUAUAAAAGUGAAUAA